AGUCGGGGGGGGCAUAUAUCAAAUAGGGAGCGACCUCUGAAAGUUUAUUUCUGUGAAACACCCAUUUUCACUUUUCAAAAUUUUGUAUGAAUUCCUCUCUCAAUAGCACGCGACGGAGUAUGUUUUUGCUUCGACCCACCUUAUUCUAUCAUCUCAAAGACGAUGAUUGUUAAUCUGCGCCACUUCGGGACAGCCAUUAAAGCUCUUUGUCUACAGGUCAUUUGUACACUACAUAAUGCACAAGUGUUAAAUUGUUAGGGAUUCUGAUUGAAAGCUAGUUAUGAUUUUUUGAAUUGUUGAAGAAAUUUGAGGUUUUGUAUGGGAGAUGAGUGUUGGUUUCUUGGUAUUUGAUAAAUGGAAUGUGAUGGUAAGGAACCCAGAUCAAAUCAAGAGUUGUUGCAAAUUGGGCUAGACAAGGAAAUUGGGUUAGGGUUUGAUGUAAGUUCUGCUGUUAGGAAAACUAGGGUUGAGAAGAUGGAUGUGGAGAAAUUGGGGAAAAAGAAAAGAUCUGCUGAAAUUAAAAGUGGGUUAGAUUCAGAUGAUGAUGAGCCGAUAGGCUCGAUGUUUAAUAUUAAAAGUAGAAGGAACCCUAAGAAGGUUAAGGUGGAAAGUGAUGGUGGUGUAGACAAGGUUAAGAAGGUGGAAGAUGAUGGGUCUCAAGAUCAGGAAUUGGGUGGUAUGGAUGACACAUUGGCUAGUUUUAGGAAGAAAUUGAAGGGCCCAAAGGAGUCUAGGGUUCGUGCAACAAAAGGGGGGGAUUUGGAUACCAAUUUGAAGGAGUCAGUCAGUCGAUCUUCAAUUGGGGCUGUGAAAGAUGUAGAUUUGACUGAAAAUUUGGUGUCAAAGAACGUGGCUAAAGGACAGAUCAAAUCUGAGGAUGGAAUUGUUGAGAGUGUCAAGAAAGGGUCAAAAAGCAGUGGUAAAGAGAAAAGCAAGAGAUCCAAGAGUAAAUCGGUGAGGAAGAAGGCUUUGGGUAUCACCAAGUUUGAUGAUGUUUUAGAUGGUCAGAGAUCUGGUGAGAAUUCAACACAAAACGAUAAAGAGGGUGGUGUGGAGCUUGAAGGAGAUCUUGACCCCUGUUUGGACGAUCAUUUAGAAGAUUCAUUAUCAGUUUUUCUCCGCAAGGCACAAUCUGGUUCGCUUCAGAAAGCUCGCAGCUCAAAACUUAAGCAGGUUAAGACGACUCAAGCUCGUAAUGAUGGAGUGGCGCCCAGUUCAAACUACUGUCAGGAUGGGAUUGAGAAACAUCAGAAGUCAAAUGAUCAAGUGCAUGAGUCGUAUACUGUUCCAGUUUUAACAGCUGAGAAAUCGCCACAUGAUGGAUCUACCCAGAGGAUCCUAGAGGAUAAGGUUCCUGUUACAUUACCUGAAACAUCUGCAUCCUGUUCAAAGUAUCCUGGCAAGAGUCAAAGACUAGAAGAAGAUGAAAGAUUAACAGACCACCCUAAUAAAGAUCCUACAGGAAAUAAUGGUUUUCAGGAAGAUUCAAAUCAUUCCUUCUCCCCGAUAGCAAAGUUAGCUCAUGAUCUUUCUGAGAUUGAAGUUCAUGAAAAAAAGUUGGAGCCUGCCUGUCCUAUCCCUGAGAGUGUUCCAAUCGGAGGAUUCAUUGACAGUUUGGAAGAACAGUCGAAAGUUGUUUUAAAGGGCCCCAUAUCAACCACAGACCAGAAGAUAUCACUAUUCCCUUCUCCAAGCUCGUUAGGUCAUAAUGAGAACUUGAAUGAUGAUUUGAAGCCUGCUGGUGCGGUUGUUUUGGACCAGUUGCAGAACGGUUCGCAUAGUACUCAACCCCACUCAUUGUCUUCUGCUUUCCAGCUACCACAAAAGGAAGUCACUUCCAGUGACUGUGAUAGUCCGAACCAGAUUCAGGGUACUUGCACAGAAGACCCCGACGUUGUUUCAGUUUCUUCACAGAAGGAGAAUGCAUCAGCAUCAAACGGUAGGUUAUCUCCAGUGUCGUUAGGUGAAUGCAAUAAAUAUGCAGAUGAGGAGACUCCAUCAAUAGCCACAGAUCAAAAUGAAGCUUAUGCAAGCGACACUGGAUCUAUGCCUGAUCCUGAAACAAAAGGCAAUAAGCAAUCAGCUGGCAAGCGUAUCGUCAGACAAGCUAAGAGGUAUAGGCAUGAGGAUAUGGCUUAUGAGGGAGAUGCUGAUUGGGAGAUACUGAUUCAUGGACAAAAUUUCCUUGUGAACCAUCAAGAUGGAGACAAGGCACUGUCAUUUAAAACAAGGGGAAAAUCAGAUUUCUUGCAAACAAUUGCCAUGGAGGCAGAAAGUGGAGGGGUAGCAGCUGUUUCGGUUGGACUGAAAGCACGCGCUGCUGGUCGUGUUGAGAAGAUUAAGUUCAAGGAAUUACUGAAGCGUAAAGGCGGGCUUCAAGAAUAUAUAGAGUGCAGGAAUCAUAUUCUACAUCUUUGGAAUAAGGAUGUAACUCGCAUAUUGCCUCUGUCGGAAUGUGGAAUAUCUGAUACUGCUGUCGUGAAUGAACAUCCACAGGCUUCUAUGGUUAGGGAUAUUUACUCAUUUCUGGAUCAAUAUGGUUACAUAAACUUCGGAGUUGCUUCUAAAAAGGAGAUGUCUGAUGCUGGUGUGAAGCCCAAUUUCAGGCUUUCAGGAGAGGAGAAUGAUGGAAGAAAAUCUGGAGCCCCUGUUACCGAUUUGGAUGAUGGAGUUUCCUUUAUCCUUGGUAGGACUAAAAAUUACCAUGCCUUGACAGAUGAGAAGGGUGACACUUUACUUAACAAUGAAAAUGAAGCAGCAACAGAAAGUUUGGACGGGAUCGUUAAAAAAGAUAAAGGUGCUCCCAUUUCCUCCAUGGAGAUGGAAUGUCAAGAGCAUUCACCUUGUGAAUGCGUAGAAAAGGAUUGUCAUGGUGGAAAACUACCCAACAAUCUUCUGAGCUCAACUUAUACUGAAGCAGAGGAUGGCCAAUCUGCUUCGGUUGAUCAAAAGGAGCCAACUGUCUGUAUGCAGUGUGCUUCAGAAACAAGAAAGAAAAUCAUUGUAAUUGGAGCUGGUCCUGCUGGAUUAACUGCUGCUCGACAUUUGCAGCGUCAGGGUUUCCAUGUUACGGUGCUAGAGGCCAGGGAUAGAAUUGGUGGUCGUGUUUUUACAGAUCGUUUGUCCCUUUCAGUGCCCGUAGAUCUUGGGGCUAGCAUUAUCACAGGUGUUGAGGCUGAUGUCACUUCUCAAAGAAGACCAGAUCCUUCUUCAUUGAUUUGUGCACAGUUGGGUCUUGAACUGACUGUUUUGAACAGUGACUGUCCUCUCUAUGAUACCGUCACAGGUAAGAAAGUUCCUCCGGAUUUGGAUGAAGCUUUGGAGGCUGAAUACAAUAGCCUACUUGAUGACAUGCAAUUGGUUGUUGCCCAAAAGGGAGAUCAUGCAAUACGAAUGUCCCUUGAGGAGGGUUUAGAAUAUGGACUUAAGAUGCGGCGGAAUUGUAUAGAGCAUGCGGUACAUAAAUCAGAUAUGGUAAUGGGAUCUGAGAAAAGUAGUACCAAAGAGGAGAUCUUGAGUCCUCUUGAAAGGAGAGUCAUGGAUUGGCAUCUUGCUCAUUUGGAAUAUGGUUGUGCUGCUUCACUACAAGAAGUAUCUCUUCCGCAUUGGAAUCAAGAUGACAUUUACGGAGGAUUUGGCGGAGCUCACUGCAUGAUCAAAGGGGGUUAUGGUGCUAUUGUUGAUUCUCUUAGAGAUGGACUUCAUAUCCACCUGAACCAUAUGGUUACUGAUGUUUGCUAUCAAGCAGAAAAUCAUGGAAAAGAUGAGUCACAGAAGAGAGUUAAAGUUUCUACAGAAAAUGGCAAGGAUUUCACAGGAGAUGCAGUUUUGAUCACAGUGCCACUUGGAUGUCUAAAAGCAGAAACCAUAAAGUUUUCUCCAUCAUUACCCCAGUGGAAAUAUUCUUCCAUUCAACGACUUGGUUUUGGUGUGCUUAACAAAGUUGUUUUGGAGUUCUCUGAAGUUUUUUGGGAUGAUUCUGUUGAUUACUUUGGAGCCACAGCAGAGGAAACUGAUCAAAGGGGUUGGUGCUUUAUGUUUUGGAAUGUCAAGAAAACAGUUAAUGCACCUGUUCUUAUAGCAUUGGUGGUCGGCAAGGCAGCAAUAAAUGGCCAAGACUUAAGCCCGUCUGAUCAUGUAAAGCAUGCUUUAGUUGUACUUCGGAAACUUUUUGGGGAGGCUGCUGUACGUGAUCCAGUUGCAUCUGUAGUGACAGACUGGGGAAGGGAUCCAUUUAGCUAUGGUGCUUACUCAUAUGUUGCUGUUGGGGCAUCUGGAGAAGACUAUGAUACAUUGGGGCGGCCUAUUAACAACUGUUUAUUCUUUGCUGGUGAAGCUACAUGCAAGGAGCAUCCGGACACCGUUGGAGGGGCAAUGAUGAGUGGGCUACGGGAAGCGGUGCGUAUAGUUGACAUACUAACCACAGGAAAUGAUUUUACAGCAGAAGUAGAAGCCAUGGCUGCUGCAAAAAGGCAUUCUGACAGUGAAAGGAAUGAAGUUAGGGACAUUGUUAGGAGACUUGAUGCUAUUGAGCUCACAAGUGUUCAUAAGAGCUCUUUGGAUGGGUCCCACAUUGCGACAAAGGAGGGUUUACUACAGAAUAUGUUCUCCAACGCAAAGAGUACAGCUGGGCGCUUGCAUCUUGCUAAAGAGCUCUUGAAUCUUCCUUCUGACAUUCUUAAAUCUUUUGCUGGAACCAAAGAAGGGCUUAGCAUUCUCAACUCAUGGAUACUGGAUUCAAUGGGGAAGAAUGGGACUCAACUGUUGCGUCAUUGUGUUCGUCUUCUUGUACUUGUAUCUACAGAUCUACUAGCAGUUCGCCUUUCAGGUAUUGGGAAAACUGUAAAAGAGAAGGUUUGUGUGCAUACCAGCCGAGAUAUCCGUGCUAUAGCGAGCCAACUUGUUAGCGUAUGGGUUGAGAUUUUUCGAAAGGAGAAGGCAUCUAAUGGUGGGCUGAAGUUACUGAGACAAUCAAGUGCUGCAGAUGCUUCCAAAAGCAAAUCUCAUUUAGCUUCUGGGAAACCCCCAUUGCGUGCCCAUCAUACUUCAUCUGAUAACAGAGUUGUGAAGGGUGCUGGCAACCCUUUAUCUGCAAAUGCAAACAAUCGAAAAGGGAAUUCUGCAGCUGCAACAAAGCCGGAAAACAAACCGUCUAGUUCUCAAGGUUCUGCAGGAAGACAAAAUUGUAAAGAGGAGGAUAACAAAGAUAUACCCAUGUCUGAAGAGGAACAAGCUGCUUUUGAUGCUGCAGAAGCAGCCCGUGCUGCUGCUAUUGCAGCUGCCGAGGCGUAUGCAUCAUCUGGUGCCAAGUGCAACACAACCUUGCAGCUUCCGAAGAUACCAUCUUUUCAUAAAUUCGCCAGAAGGGAGCAAUAUGCACAAAUCGAUGAUACUGAAUUCCGAAGGAAGUGGGCUGGUGGCGUUAUAGGGAGGCAAGAUUGCGUAUCUGAAAUAGAUUCUAGAAACUGUAGAGUGAGGGAUUGGUCAGUUGACUUUUCUGGUGCCGGAGUCAAUAUUGAGAGUUCGAAAAUGUCCGUAGAUAACCGCUCACAGCGGAGCAACUCGAAUGAAAAUGCAUGUCAGUUGAGUUACAGAGAGCACUCAGGUGAAAGUGCUGGUGUUGAUAGCAACAUAUUUACAAAAGCAUGGGUCGAUAGUGCCGGUAGUGAAGGGAUAAAAGACCAUAAUGCCAUUGAACGAUGGCAAUCUCAAGCAGCUGCUGCUGAUUCUGAUUUCUUUCAUAGGAGUAUGCACGUAAUGGACGAAGAGGACUCAAACAUGAAUCUGAAACCAUCGAUUCGUAGGCAUGACGGCCUGGCAAAUGAGAGCUCUGCUUCACAAGUUACCGUGAACAGGGAGUUGGUGGGUAAUCAACCUCGAGGAGUAGACAACAUCAAACAAGCUGUUGUUGAUUAUGUGGCAUCGCUUCUUAUGCCUCUUUACAAAGCAAGAAAAAUUGACAAAGAAGGUUAUAAGUCGAUAAUGAAGAAAACAGCCACAAAGGUCAUGGAGCAGACCACGGAUGCAGAGAAAGCAAUGGCUGUAUUUGAGUUUCUUGAUUUUAAGCGCAAAAACAAGAUACGAGCAUUUGUGGACAAGUUAAUUGAGAGGCAUAUGGCUAUGAAGACAGAUGCCAAAUCUGGAUGUUCCUGAAGAUCAACCGACAAUAUCUCUUGGUUCACAACUUCCAUGAUGCCAAUAGUCGAAGCCUUUCAAGAAUUCGAAAAAAAGGUGAAAAGAGGGACACAAGAGAUAUGUUAUGUAUUGAGUUAGGGAUAUGCUCACAGACACCAUCAGUCUUCCUUCACUUUUGGUAUGGGUUCCUUGCAAUUCAAAAUUGUAAUUUAGUUAGAAAGUGAAAACCCAUUUCUAGGACAAUUUUUCCCCCAUAUCUUUCGUGAAAUCUGUACAGGUUAGAAUGACCCUGUUGCAACAAAGAUUAUUAUACAAGACAAUUUUUCUCUUCAAA